AAAAUAUGUUUUUGUAUGAAUUCUGAAUAUAAUCUAAUAGUCAAAUGAUUGUGUUUAUAUGGUCAAUAGAUGUCGACUUCAAUAGGCGGUUUGGCUUAAUGCCACAUAGGUUCUUCAAGUAAAAACUAUAAUAGAGUUUCCGCACAAGGGAAAUCAUGAAUGAAGCUCCAUAGGGGGAAGAAUAAAUGAGGCAUUUUUAUCUUUGUAGUGACGCUGAAUCGGCCAAUAAAUAUGCAAGAAUGUCCCUAGCGAAUGGAAAUUCGGGUAGAAGAGAAGUACAUCUGAUGAAUGUUUACGUGGAAUUCUCUUCAAGAGCAGAUAUCGGCAUAAAAAGCUAGAUGGCAAUUUUGUUGGACAUUCGGCGCACGGAGCCAAUGGUCGAGCUCAAUCAAUCUGAAUCAUCGGUCAACCUAACAUCCUAUGCUCACGAGCCUGUGUCUUUCGGCAACCCAACAUUUCAAGAUGAUUGUGAGCAAGGUGGCAAUUAUUCCCCGACAUCUCCAACUGUCACAUUAUUGCUCCAAAACCUCGAUAACUUUUCUACGCCAACGAACAAUAACGACAACUCCCUCAGUGACCAGAACAGUUCGAAAAGCGGACUGAAACCUUCAGAUUCAGGGAUCCUCAUCUGUGUGGCAUCCAACAACUGCCCUAAUGACGAUUCCUCAUCUCUAGGAGAUAAAAGCUUGGACUCUGGUGUUUAUGAGGCCACGAUUGGAAAAAGUGCUCUCGAUAGUAUCGUCAAAGCCCAUCCUGGAGGGGAAGGAGACACGUGGCCUACUCUUCCAAAAGACAAAGAUCCAGAGCAGGGCAAGAAAGGCCACAGUACAUCUCCAGGUAAUGAGGAAAGCUUACUGGCCAUAUGUGUUCAAGUCUUCAUACCAUUCCUUAUUGCUGGAGCGGGAACCUGCGGAGCUGGUAUCGUCCUGGAUUAUGUGGAGAAAUGGGAGGUGUUUCAAAAAAUAACAGAGUUAUUCAUUCUUGUUCCAACUCUCCUCGGAUUGAAGGGAAAUCUCGAAAUGACCUUGGCAUCUAGAGUAUCAACUCAGGCCAAUCUAGGCAAGCUGAAUUCUUUUAAAGAACAAUGGCAAAUGUGUUGGGGCAAUAUGGCUUUGAUACAGUGCCAAGCGACUGUGAUGGGAUUACUCGCUGCCACCUUUGCAACCAUCAUGAGCAUUGCCAAUGGUGGGUUCAACAUCCACCAUGCCCUCCUGCUGAGUGCCAGUUCGCUUUUCACUGCAUCAUUAGCCAGUUUGGUCUUGGGAGCAAUCACUUUAGCUGUAGUUGUGGUGUCACAUAAGUGCAACAUCAAUCCAGAUAAUGUCGCCACUCCGAUCGCUGCCUCCCUAGGCGAUGUAACCACGCUGGCUCUCUUAGCCGCCAUUAGCGGCUACCUUUAUCAGUUACCAGAUAAGAUAAUUGCUCCUGUGGGGGUAGUGAGCCUUUUUUUGGUAUUUGUACCGGUUUGGGCUUACCUUUCCUACAAGAACCCAUUUGUUAAACAAGUUUUAUACUCUGGUUGGGUACCUGUGAUCCUAGCGGUUGUCAUUACAAGUGUGGGUGGUUAUAUUCUAGAAUUUUCAGUCACACAGUUCAAAGGAUUUGCCAUUUUUCAACCAGUCAUCAACGGUGUUGCUGGCAACCUGGUAGCCGUCCAAGCUAGUCGAAUAUCCACUUAUUUCCACCGAAAUAGUGAAAAGCCUGGCUCUCGUCCACCAGAUGGGUCUUCCUUGUGUGUUUCCCCAUUCACCGCAUUUUUUGGCAAAUCUGCCCACGCAAGAACAGCACGGAUUUUGAUGCUCAUGGUCAUUCCAGGCCAUCUGUUAUUUGGCUACGGCAUCACGCUAAUCAAAGGAGGGAACACGGUGCUCACGGCCACAUUUCUGCCCAUCUACCUCAUCUCAGCAUUCAUACAGAUAGCUUUGCUAUUAUAUAUAGCCCAGUGUCUCAUCCAGAUACUCUGGAGGUUCAAGAUAGACCCAGACAACUCUGCCAUUCCCCUUUUGACAGCUUUGGGAGACCUCAGCGGCAUGGCCUGCCUCACCAUUGCCUUCUUGAUUCACCACAGUCUUUUCUUGUCUUGAAUACAGAAAAAAACGUUCUUCAUACUGGUGUUGUCUCUCGAAACUUUUAAACAAUGCACAAUGGAUAUCGCUUUCAUUCCUCAAAUCAACAUAUCACUGAAAACAAAUUAAUUCCCGGUUUGUGGAAUAGGUCUACUUAAAUCACCUUUGUACUCGUGAAGAUCAAAGUAGUUUUUUAAAAAUUUUAAUGGCUUUAAAAAUAAUUUAAAAAAAUAUUAGAUUAUAACCAAAAUUUUUGUAAGGAGCAGGAAUCCUACUUUCUGAAUUCAUUUUAGCAUUCCAAUUUUAAAUUAAUAUUUAAUUAAAUUAUCCUCCCCUCUCUCGAUUGAAUUAUUAUGCAGAAAACUCAUGUUUCAAUCUUGCAUAUUCUCGUUUUUUAGUGUUGUGUUAAUAGCCCAGUGUUUACCUGAAAAGAAAAAAAUUACCUGAAAAAGAAAAAAAUUAAAGAAAGUUAAAAGAAAAAAUUUACUUGAAGAAAAAAUUACCUGAAUUACUUGAAAAAGAAAAAAAUUAAAGUUAAAAGAAAAAAUUUACCUGAAAAAGCCCGAUGUCUACCUGAAAAGAAUUAUUAAUGGCUUAUAUCAUGGCUAUUUAAAUAUUUACUAAGCAUAAAUUUCUGUAGAUUUAAUGAGAUAUGAGUAUUUGCAAAUCUACAAACCUUCGAACAAUGGAAGCCUCACAAUUGCCUUUUAAAUAUAUCAGUUUUUAAAGAAUAUUUUAAAACAUUUUAACAUUAUGGGUUAGAUUCUAUUUAUACUUACAUUUUUGUGGGUAUUAACGCUGUAAUGUUGCACGAAAGUAACGUUCAUUUACUUACAUUUGUUUCUUCAUACGCUUCUGUGCAAUGUCUGUUGUGCAUUGGCGCUAGCAUUAUUUAGUGAAAAUACCAGUGUUUUUUCAACUGUGAUAGUUAUCAGUAUAAUGUUUCCUUCUACACUUUUCUGGAACGGUACUGUGAAGACCAAUACUUAUUUUUCUCGAAUAAAUGAGCAGCUAAGCGAGUAUUUUAAGGAAAGAAUUAGCGUUAUAGAUUUUUAGAAAAAUGCAAGUGUACGAUAUGAAGUUAUAUGUAAAUUUUGGGGAUAUAGAUGUCAUUUAAGCAAAACAAGUGUGGACCAAGUUUUGUAAAGAGUUCAUGUUGGAUGGCUUAGAACUUAUAUUAUUGCCUAACUUUUGUACGUCGGACAUUGUAUCGUUGGACUGCAGUUAAUACGUAAGGCUCGAAGAAUGAUGUGAAAGAAAACCUGUUUUGAUGAAAUGAGCACUUUAUUGACAUGACAUAUCAAGCCGAAUAUUGGAAAAUUUAUAAAAUUAAAUCAGGAUAUUUUUUAAAUGAUGUGUUUAGUUUUUUUAUACAUCAAAAAGUGCCUAUAAUCAUGCAACUUGUUUCAUAAAGAACGCGUCAUCGGAAAGUCUAUUUUUGUGAAAUUAUUUUUUUAUCCAUUCCGAAUUCUGCAAUAUUUACAUUUCCAAAGGAAAUAAAACUGAAUUGUCAAAAUCUGGGCAUUUUAUACAUACGAUGGAAUGUAUUAUUGUAUUAAAGCGCCGUAUGGUGCUGAUGUAAUGUCAUGAAUAAAAGAAUGAACAAGCAAAAA